CCGACUGCUCCCAUAAGCCCAGUAUAUCUCUAGCGAAACAAGCUUUACCUUCAGUGUACGCAGGGAAGGGGCGCGAUUGGCUGAGAACAGCCUCGCUCAGACACAAAACCGAGGAUCAAGCCUGACCAUCCGGACUACAGCAGAUCAAACUCACACGGACAUCCUCGCACACUCUGGACAGGGACUGUGGUAACUGUCCCUGAGCGUCGAUCUCUGGAAACGUGAAUUUUGGCUAUUCUUUUUGAGUAUAGAAAAGUGACAACUUGUUUAAGUUUCCCCUUUCUUUUUCUUGCUGUUUGCCUUAUUUUGGGGGUCCGUGUGAUGCUCUCUCUCUCAAGAGACAAGAGUUUGGAAACGCAUUCAGCACUGAUAUACUGCACCUAGAUCAACUAUAACAGUCCCGUACCUCCAGCAUGGAUCGCUGUCAACGACUGUUUAUCCUCCUUUUGGGAUGGGGUUAUCUGUUUUGUGGAUACUGUGCUGUGCUUAAAACACCCUUCAUGGGUUUCUCAAAAGACAUGCAGUUUGGACAAAAAGUGGAAGCGCAAGAUAAGCAACAUGCAAAGAAAGCCGAGCAGGACACGCUGUCAGAACACAUGCAGAUGCUCUACGCCAAAUUCACCAGCGCGGGAUUCCCUCUCAAAGAUGGGAACACUGUCCGCAGCUUCAAAGGACAUUUGGGGACUAUCAACAAUAAGCAGUUACAGAUCUUCAACCUCACUUCCCUCACUAAGUCUGAGGACGUUCUCUCAGCAACGCUGCACUACUACAUUGGUGACCUGCAGAACAGCAGCCACAGAUGCACAAGGCACAAGAGCUGUGCUCACCAUAACCUCAGGAGACAAGGUCACAUUCGCCUAGAUGUCUGGAGCUUCAGCUUGGUGGAUAACACAACCAGAACAGUUGGCCAUUUCUCCAUUAACAUCUCCACAAUGUACCAGGACUUCAUAUCAUGGCAGUGGAAAGACAUUACUCGUGUGGUCAACCAAGCCAAGCAACAUGACCAGCUUCUCAUAGGCAUUGACACCGACUCAAAAGGAAGUCACUCUUGGAAGAAACUCUUGUCUGAUAGUUCUCCUUACAUUCUGGUCUACGCAAAUGACUCAGCUAUCUCAGAGCCUGAGAGUGUCGUGUCCACCCUGCAGAGACACAAAAGCAGACUAGUGCCAAAUCUUCAUAUGCUCGAAAUACGUAAUCGCAGUGCCUCCUCACAACACCGGACCAAGCGGUCUGCCAACACCCUGCUGCCGCUACAGAACAAUGAGCUUCCAGGCCCAGAGUACCCUCAUGAGAUACCUACAUGGGACGAGACCAGCCCUUAUGAUCCAAUGGAGAGUAAACCAGUCAAGCGCCCUCGCAAGAAGCCUCGCAAAAAUCCACGGCAUAAGAACCCUCUCCUGCAGUUUGAUGAGCAGACCAUCAAGAAAGCACGUAAAAAGCAAUGGAACGAGCCAAAGAACUGUGCUCGCAGAUAUUUAAAGGUUGAUUUUGCAGAUAUCGGCUGGAGCGAGUGGAUUAUCUCCCCCAAGUCUUUUGAUGCGUACUACUGCUCGGGGUCAUGUCAGUUCCCCAUGCCAAAGUCUCUGAAACCAUCUAACCACGCUACCAUUCAGAGCAUCGUGCGUGCAGUGGGGGUGGUCCCGGGCAUCCCAGAGCCCUGCUGUGUACCAGAGAAGAUGUCUUCCCUCAGCAUCCUCUUCUUUGAUGAAGACAAGAACGUGGUACUCAAGGUCUACCCAAACAUGACAGUGGACUCCUGUGCCUGUCGGUAAAUGCUUUGGUCUUUUCCUCCAGCCUCCCUCCCUCCCUCAAACUGAUUUCUAAUUUUUGCACUGGAAGAAAGACUGAAGAUGUUCAUUUCAUAACCCUUGAAGAACUAUCUCCAGCUUUAAGGAUUGUGAAGAGCAAAGGGCUUUUCCAGAGGAAUUCAUUACUGUUAGCAGGAGGCAUCAAGCAUCAGUAGAGAUAUGAGCAUAUGAAGAGACUGUCUGUCAGUGUUUGACCAGGAUGUUCUCAUGUUUCUAUAACCUCAGCAGUUAAGCAUACAGGGGACAAACAUUUGCUGUCAUCCAUCAUUUUUCUGUACAAUUUGUAUAAUCUGCCAUUAUUAUAGCUAUAUUUUUGCUACGGAGGCAUUGAUUGACUCUCAUUGUUCAUAUUCUAUGGCUGCUAUACCGAGGUAGACUUUACUCCAGAGCCCAAAUAUGCUGAAAACUGGACUUUUGUAAAAAAGGAAAAGAAAAGAAAAGGAAUCUCUUUUUGUUAUGUCUGUCAAAAAAAUGGAUUUAUAUGAAAAUGAUUGCCUAUAUAAGUUACAUAUUCAGUUUUCCACAUUAAGCUUAAAACAGUGUUUGAUUUCUGGGUGAUUCUGCAUUGAAUGUCUUUAAUCGUCAGGAAAUAUAUAUAUAUUUUCUCCAAAAAUGUGCAUUGUUACAAACUUACCUGUAAUAGCGUUACAUCAUGUUUCUGUCUGACCUACUAAUACAAGGUUGCAUCCUCACAUUUAGCUGAAUUCAUAAUGUAUAUGCACGGAUUAUGUUUCAGUUUUGUUAUGUGUGGGGGAAAAAAAUUCUGUCAUUCCUCUGAAAACCGCAAAUAGAUUUCAAAAGACCAGACGCUAUAUUACGAGCAAUGUUUCGAAUAUGUUCAGGAAGAUGAUUAUGAAAAUAUUAUGUAGAUUAUAUUAAGCCUUUGUCUCUUCAACUCAACUGCCUAUAAAGUGCCUUACCACAUUAAAAAGGUUCAUCAUACAUUAAAAUGAAUAUUCCACUAGAAUAUUUAUAUUUCACAAAGAUGAGUGUAACUUAUGUAAUGUUUUAUUUUUGCUGAAUAUUUUUAGUCUAUCAGUUUAUUUAGAUCAAAUCUGAUAUUUCGUUCCAGUAAUGAUUUCUGUAUGCAUUUUGUACUGUUUUUACUUUGAGAUUAGCAUAGAACUAAAGCAACGACAUAUCAUAAGCUGCAUGUUCAUAAACGGGGCGAGUUAAAGUUGGAGUUUUUUGUUGCUGUAAAUUCAACCUAUGGACAACAGAGAAAUGCACACAUAUAUGUAAAAGUGGGCUAUUAUCUUAAUAUAUAAUAUAUACAUCAAGAAACACUAUGUAAAGCACUCCUUUAGCAGUUGUGUAAUAUAUUUUUAGGCUUCCACCACACUGUGUGUUUUGUAAAUGUAUUAUAAGCCUCAUAAGAAAUUAUAUUUGUAUAUGGAAAUGACCUUUAAAAGCAUUUAUUUAUUUUCUGUACGAUGCCUUCUGGAUCAUGUUUUUGUGAAGCACAGAGGGGCUUCAUUAAAUAUUCAUUGAGCUUUGCUGCACAAAGGUCAGACAGGAAGCAAUCACACAG